AUGGUGAAACCGGCGCUGGCCCUGGUGGUGGUGCUCAUGGCAAUAGUCAUGUCCUACUUGCAGAGGCUGGGCUUGGAGGGAGAGAUGAUCUACUCCAUUUUCAGGGCCUUUCUUCAGCUUUCCAUUAUCGGUUUUGUCCUGCAGUUCAUUUUCUCUCAGGAGAACUCUGCCUGGAUUCUCCUCGCUUAUCUGUUCAUGACAUUAAAUCCUGUUCCUAAUUUUCCCCUGCAGGUUUGUGUGGCGGGUUAUACGGCAGGUCAACGUGCCAAACACGUCCCACGUGGGAAGUAUGUCGCCGGAGCUUCCAUUCUCGCCGGAACAGCAGUGACCAUGCUCCUUCUAGUUGUGCUCAACGUUUUCCCAUUCACCCCUCGCUACAUCAUCCCCGUCGCAGGCAUGAUGGUGGGAAAUGCCAUGACCGUCACCGGAGUCACCAUGAAAAGACUCCGGGAUGAUAUCAAGAUCCAAAUGAACCUGGUAGAGACAGCACUGGCUUUAGGGGCGACUCCCCGUCAAGCGACGAUCCAGCAGGUGAAGAGGGCUCUGGUGAUCGCCCUGUCUCCCGUGGUGGACAAUGCCAAAACCGUGGGCCUCAUAUCGCUUCCCGGGGCGAUGACUGGGCUUAUAAUGGGAGGGGCUUCUCCUCUGGAGGCGAUUCAACUGCAGAUUGUGGUGAUGAACAUGCUGCUGGGGGCCUCAACAGUUAGCAGCAUCAUGUCAACCUAUCUCUGCUGGCCUGCUUUCUUCACCAAGGCCUACCAGUUGGAGACUAAGGUGUUCUCUUCUGAUUGA